AUGCUCAUGGAGUUCUGUGUCAAGGCGUCGUCAUCUGCUUCGAUCAUCUUCAGACUGCUUACAGCAGUCGAGACGUUGGCAGCGCGCGCGACGGCGUCUUCAGGUUACAAGUCUGGACUUGUGGACGAAGUAAAACUCUCCGCUUGUGUUCGAAUCUUCCGUGCAGUGAUGCAGAACGUGUCCUCAACUACUCAACAGCAGCUGGUUGAUGCUGUGGUGCCAGCAUUCCUGCGCACAAAUCCUUCAGAGCCGGCAAGUCUGCAACUCGUACCGCUUUUCGCUGCAGUCAUCAACUCAGCCGCGCGUGAUGUAGCGCUUCCGGACUCCUCGCUGGUCAUCAACAGAUUGCUGGAGCUUGCGCAGUCUGGAGCUACUGCGGUGUCUGAAUCCCCCCCUCGACAGCUCCAGCUUGUGUACACCGAUGCUGCUCUCUCCGCGGCCAAGUCGCUGGCUUCGAUCGUGAACAAGAUGUCGGAUGGCGCUGAGUUUGAUGCUCUGAUCGACUUGCUGUUAUCCCGGAAACUUGCCGUUGUUAUCAGUAACUCGGCCGAGUCGUUUACGGUGCGGGUGGCUGCACUGCAAAUUUAUGCCUGGAUCGCAAAGGCCUUGGUCAUUCGGGGUCACAAGGUUCACGCUCCAGUGUGUCUGCGCUUCCUCUGCAGCUUUCUUACGCCUGAUGGCGAUGUGAACAUGGAGCAAGAAGGUGACGACCAACACGCUGCUGCGUUGCGUAUGGAAGUUGCGAAGACCUUUAAGCUUCUGGUGUCUGAAUACCCGGACGUACUGAACCGCAAGUGUGGAGCUUUCAUCACGUUCCUGUACCGGCAGCGAUUGUUUGAUCUGGUGUUCCCAGUGCUGCUCGAGUACAUUCGAGCUCGCAUUGACGAGGAAUCGAGUGUAGCAGCUCUGGUAGCGUUCGCUCAAGUGAUCGCACACUCACCUAAGGCCAUCUACCUGCCACACUUGGCUCAGAUCUUCCCGCUUAUGGUACAAGCUCUCAACACGGACGACCGUGAGCUAGGUAGCGCAGCCAUUCAGACGUUUAAGCCGCUGCUUUUGGAGUCAGUGGAGAGCGCGAAGCCCUUCCUCAAGGACGUCUUCCCGGGUCUACUCAAGCAAGCACAGUUCGGGUACGACCGACAUGCUGCGCUGGAAUGCCUUGCUAAGUUGGCUACCAUCCCGUAUGAGCUCGUGCAUCCGUACAAGGAUAUCGUGCUGCGGAAACUGUUGCUAGUGCUUGAUGACCGCAAGCGACUUGUGCGUCACAUGGCCGUUCGGGUGCGCAACCAAUGGAGCAUCUUGUAG